AUGAAGAUCGCCGUUGUUGCCGCUAUUCUCGCCUUGACCGCCUCCGUCUCUGCCCAGUCCGUCGGCCCCGUUGACCCCGCCAAGCUCCCCACCGGCUGGUGCUCCAUGUACACAGGAACCUGCGAGGAAUCGACCAUCAUCACUGAGUGCGGUGCCAACUCCACCUACACCGCCCACUGUGUCUCGAAAUUCUCCACCGACAAGGUCUGCACCGCCUUCACCGUCUCUUGUGUUUGCACCCCCUCAGCCGGUGGUGACUUGAAGGAUGUCUCUGCCCAGGCCCUCAACGAGACCGUUACUGGCAUGCCCGGUAUGUGCGACAACCUCUCAUUCUCCAAGAACACCACCAACCCCGGCGUUAUCUCGGGUGACUACCUCCCCAACGGCAAGCGUCCCACCUCGACCGCCAAUGUCACUUCCCCCGUCACCAACCCUUCCAACACCGCCUCCACUGGCGGCGCUUCCCCCACCGCCACUACUACCCCCGGUAAUGACAAGUCUGCUGCCUCUGCCCUCCAGAUGGCCCUCCCUACCUUUGCCCUUGUUGCUAUCUCCAUGGGCUUGGCCAUGAUCCCCCUCCUCAACCGCACAAAACUCAAAGAAAUCGAAUCUGAAGCCAAAGCCAAAUACGAACUCGAGAAAUCCUUCGUCAUCAAAGACCCUUACCCAACCUUCGCCGAUGACCCAGAGACCCUCUUACCCAACAACCAACGCCGCCCGCGCGCCCGUGUGAUCGACAUCAUCCCCGUCAACGACGAAUCCGCUAUGAUCAAAUUGUAUUUCCGGAGAAACAGGGAUCGGUUCAAGAAGUUUGCCCACAAGACCUUGGCGCUUUUCAUGCAUGAGAUGUCGCGGGAGUCUAGGGGACGGAUUCUGCAGGACACGUUAUAUAAUAUCACUUGGGCGCCCGAGGUCCAUGAAAGGAGUUUGGAGAUGAGGGUGGCGCUGAAGGAGAAUGAAGAAGUGGAAUGGGCCUGCGGUGUUCCGCCUACUACCAACCGGACAGCAGCAGAGAUCAAGAUAUACAAGGACACCAUGAAGAACCUCUGGAUCGACGGCGGGUUCAAAACACGAUGGCUCGGCGAUAAUGUCAACUUCCCACUGUUGGAUGAGGCCUGUUGGCAUUGCACCUACUACCAGGCAAACAUCUCCCAGAUCCUUUACAAGCUCCGGUCGUCAUCCCAUCGAGAGUAUAACCGGCGGAUCGCGAACAUGGCCUGGAUUCUGGAUCGGACGAGAACGGGGCAGGGUCAAAUUGAUAGGCCCAACCAAGAGUUGUGGUAUAUCCCGGAUAACCAUGAUGUACCGGAAGUUGUUAAUCAGGACGGAGAAAAGUACAAGUACCUCCACGCUGUGCAUGGAAUGCCCAAUGCUGGAUACCUCGACGUCGAUCCCAACAAGCCCCUGUAG